UUCGAUGUUAUAUCGAUGUUUCUCCACCUUUAGAAAGUUUUUUAAUGGAACAAUUUUAAUUAAAUUAUAAUAGUUGUUUACACGCUGCGGCCGUUGGGAACCCCCAGAAAAUCGAGUGUAACGUAGGGCAAGCGAAAGAGAGAAACACAACGGAGGAGGAUCGAACACAAAGAGCCAUCGACAACGAACACAAAGAACUGCACAGAGUGCAAAACCCGUUUCUUGCAUCCGAUAAAAGGGGCGUCUAUAUCUCUGCCGAUCCGGAGCCCCUGGCAUUACCACUAUGAUGGUUGAGUCCGAUGGAACCGCCGACGCCACCCGCCGCUUGAAUGUGAAGAAGCAAACGCUGGACGAUGCCUACGCCGUGCCCGCCAACUUCCUGGAGAUCGACGUGGUCAAUCCGCUGACCACCAUGGCGGCGGGCAAGAAGCGCUACACGGACUACGAGGUCCGGAUGCGGACCAAUCUGCCCGUGUUCAAGGUGAAGGAGUCCAGCGUGCGAAGGCGCUACAGCGAUUUCGAGUGGUUACGAAAUGAACUGGAGCGGGACAGCAAGAUCGUAGUGCCCCCACUGCCGGGAAAAGCCUGGAAGCGCCAGAUGCCCUUCCGCGGCGACGAGGGGAUCUUCGACGAGAGUUUCAUCGAGGAGCGGCGCAAGGGACUAGAGGGCUUUAUCAACAAGAUAGCCGGACAUCCGCUGGCGCAGAACGAGCGCUGCCUGCAUAUGUUCCUGCAGGAGAACGUCAUCGAUAAGAACUACGUGCCCGGCAAGAUUCGCAACACAUAAGCAGCGAGUCAGGAGCAAUCGAAACCCAUAACCUAGCAAUGCAAUGAAGCAAAAACUCGAACGAACAAACCCGCUACGAAGUCUUUAGGGAAGCCGUGUGAAUGUGUGUGCUUGGCCAGAUUGGAGGAGGAGCAGAGGAGUAGAGGAGCGAGGGUGGAGUUAGAAGGGAUGUGUUUAUUAGGCGAUGCGAUGCCAGGCGGAUGUGCUGCUGCUCAGUUAAUGUUGAGCCCCUCUCACCCCCGCCCGGGGACUAGUUAAAACCAGCAUUGGGAAUUUUUAAUGCUAAAUUCAGAUUUAUAUGGUAUACAUAACAAUAUACAUACAUAUAUAUUAUAUACAAUACAGAUAUUUACGAAUAGUGUACAUAAGACAUGCCUACCACGCCCCUCGCUAAAUGAGUCUCGGAAGUGGGAGCUGUCCCUCCCCCGUUUUCCCUAUCCUAAGUUUCUUCGUUUUGACCCAUUGCAGCGGUAAUGAAGCAGCAAAUAAAUAAGGGAGCUAUCCUGACCCCGAAAUCCGAUCCCUUUAAAUGUAUGCAAAUUAUUGAAUAUUUUGAAACAGAUUAGUGAAUAAUAUUGUACUUCGAAUCAAAUUAAAAUAAUUCAAAAAUAA